AUGGACACACGAGGAUUUGCCCCUCGAUUGAGUGGUGUGGAAGAUAUGGCGAAUGAUAUUCUCGAUACUCGUGGAGCAUAUUAUGUUGGAAAGCUUUGGGUGUAUCGAUUCGUACAACGCUGGUCAGAAUUAAAGAUACGUUUUAAUUGCGUUUAUGAUUUCCAAAAAGCUCUUUGUGAAGAUCCAAAGCUUAUUGAAGGGUGGUUUCGAUUAGUAUCGAAUAUGCGGGCGAAAUACGGUAUUCUCGAUUGCGAUUUCUACAAUUUCGACGAAAUAGGCUUUAUGAUGGGUAUUAUAUGCUUUGGGAUGGUUGUAAUUAAUGCUGAACGAUAUGGCAGAAACAAAGCAAUACAGUUAGGUAAUCGAGAAUGGGCUACAGCGAUUGUAUGUAUCAAUGGUAUAGGAGAAAGCAUUCCUUCAUUUUUAGUGGUUAAGGGCAAAAAUCAUCUCUCGAGUUGGUAUACUGAGAGUGAUCUCUUACUUGAUUGGGUGAUUAAAGUCACUAAUAAUGGAUGGACGAAUAAUGAGACAGGUUUAGAGUAG